AUGGCGGACUGCGGCGAGGAAGGUACCACGAGGAUAUGUGAAACAGUCGAUUGUCAAAAGCCAGCAAAGUUACAGUGUCCAACUUGUAUCAAACUUGGAAUUCAAGGGUCUUUCUUUUGCUCACAGGAAUGUUUCAAAGCGAAUUGGAAUGAACAUAAGAAGAUACAUAAAAAGGAGAAAGAAAGACAGAAAGAAGGAGAAAUUAAUAAAAGAUACAAUCCAUGGCCUGGUUAUGUUUUUACCGGAAAGUUGAGACCUUUCCCCACAACACCAAAGCGAGAUGUGCCGUACCAUAUACCAAGACCAGACUACGCAGAUAACCUUGAAGGAUAUCCUGCAAGUGAAAUGGAGAUGAGAGGUAACUCACAAAUCAAGCAGCUAAAGAAAGACGAAAUUGAAAGUCUAAGAACUGCAUGCAGGUUGGGACGCGAGGUACUGGAUAUUGGAGCUAAGGCUAUAGCUGUUGGCGUGACAACCGAUGAGAUAGAUAGAAUCGUGCAUGAAGCUUGCAUUGAAAGAAACUGUUAUCCCUCUCCACUAAAUUACUACAACUUUCCAAAGUCGUGUUGUACGUCUGUUAAUGAAGUCAUCUGUCAUGGAAUUCCAGAUAAAAGACCAUUGCAAGAUGGUGAUAUAGUAAAUAUGAUUUCUCUAGCAUCUGAGAUUGACAUUUCAGUCCUUGAAAUCAAGAAACAUGGAGUUUGUCAUCCAAAACCAUGA